AUGGAGGAGCAAUCGCCGCCGCGGCAGCAGCGUCAACCCCGCAGCAAUAGCGGCAACAGCAGCAGCAACCCCUUUGCGCAGCCCAAGCGCAAGAUGGGCCCGAUGGAACGGUCAGCGCGCAAGACGCUCCGCGAAGAGUACGCCCGUCGCCAGGCCGAGGCCGCCGAGAGUCUCGUCCGCGAACCCCUGCCCAAGUAUGUGCCCAAGCCCGUCGGCGGCUGCCACGUCUUCUUCCACCCGGACCUGGGCAUCGGCGGCGCCGAGCGCCUCGUCGUCGACGCCGCUGUCGGACUGCAGAACAAGGGCGCCAAGGUGGUUAUCUACACGAACCACUGCGACCCGAACCACUGCUUUGACGAAUGUCGCGAUGGCACGCUGGAUGUCCGCGUCAAGGGCUCGUGGCUCGUCCCGCGCUCCCUCUUUGGCCGGUUUACCAUUCUCUGCGCCAUCCUGCGCCACAUCCACCUCUUGCUGCACAUUUGGCUCACCGGCGAGCUUGAGGACCUCAAGCCCGCCAUCUUCAUCGUCGACCAGCUCUCCGCCGGCCUGCCCUGGCUGCGCCUACUCGUCUCCCCCAAGACGGGCAUCGUCUUUUACUGCCACUUUCCCGACCUGCUCCUCGUCCAGGGCCGCCACGCCUCACUCCUCAAACGGCUCUACCGCAUCCCCUUUGACCGCCUCGAGGAGUGGUCCAUGGGCUUUGCCGACGCCGUCGCCCUCAACUCCCACUUUACCAAGAGCGUCGUCCAGCUGACUUGGCCCGAGCUGCUCGAACACACGACCGCCCGCGUCAUCUACCCCUGCGUCGACACCGACGCCAAGGAAGAUGAGCUCGCCGCCAACGACGACGACGACAACGAUAACGGCCCUCCACUGUUCCCCGCCGGCGACCGCGUCCUCCUCAGCAUCAACCGCUUCGAGCGCAAAAAGGACAUUGGCCUCGCCAUACGCGCCUUUGCCGCCAUCCCCGCCGACCAGCGCCGCGGCGUGCGACUCGUCCUCGCCGGCGGCUACGACCGUCGCGUCGCCGAAAAUGUCGACUACCACCGCGAACUGCAGUCCCUCGCCAACGAGUGCGACCUCGUCCACGACACCAUCAACGCCGCCGACAACCCCACCGCGCGCCAGCCCGCCGACACAACCGCCCCCGUCCUCUUCCUCCUCUCCGUGCCCGCCGCCCUCAAGACCAAGCUGCUGCGCGCCGCCUCCCUCCUCGUCUACACUCCCGCCAACGAGCACUUUGGCAUCGUGCCCCUCGAAGCCAUGCUCGCGCGCGUCCCCGUCCUCGCCGCCAACACGGGCGGCCCCACCGAGACCGUCGUCGAGGCCGAGACGGGCUGGCUGCGCGACCCUUAUGAGCCGCUCGCCUGGUCAGCCGUCAUGCGCCGCACGCUGAGCCUCUCCGCCGCCGACGCCGCGCGCAUGGGCGACGAGGGCCGCCGUCGCGUCAAGGACACCUUUGGGCGGGACAAGAUGGCCACGUCGCUCAUGACCGUCGUCCGCGAUAUUGCCGCUGCCCGCCGCGACUCCGACGCCGACAAUACCAUGAUUAUUGUCGUCGUCGGCACCGCCUUUUCUCUCACCCUCGCCGCGCUGUCCCUCGGCAUCGCCCUUUGGAUGAUGCACGACAUGAAGAAGAAUGCGGCUGUGAGGGAGGCAGGUCCUAUGCUGUGA